AUGGCAGCUGAAUUGGUGGGUGGAGCAUUUCUCUCAGCUUUUAUCCAAACUUUGUUCGAGAAGAUGGCAACUCGUGACAUGUUAGACUUCAUAAGGGGAGUAAAACAUGACAAUGGUCUUAACCUGCUGGACAAGCUGAAGAUAACAUUGAGAUCAAUUGAUGCUUUGGUCAACCAUGCUGAAGAGAGGCAAACUACAGAUUUGCACACAAGGGAAUGGCUAAAUGAUCUCAAGGAUGUCAUGUUCAAGGCAGAGGACCUUUUAGAUAAGAUCAGUGUCUUGGCUUCAAACCAGAAACUGGAAGCUGAUUCAUGGAGUAGCAGCAUAAGCAGCAAGGUAUGUUGCUCUUCACUUGGUGGUUUUAGUGAGGAGAUGGAAUCCAUUAUACAUAGAAUUGAAAACCUUGUGAAACAAAAGGAUGUUCUAGGUUUAAGGGAAGGUGUCAAUGAGAAAACAUUUAAGAAUUUCCAAACAACUUCUUUAGCUGGAAAAUCUUCUAUCUAUGGAAGAAAUGCUGAUAAAGACAAUGUUAUCAAACUUUUGCUAUCAGUAUCAAAUGAUGCUAGUGAUAAGAUAUGUGUCAUCCCCAUAGUUGGUAUGGGGGGAGUUGGGAAGACUACUCUUGCUCAACAUGUAUACAAUGAUGACAAAGUAAAGCAGCAUUUCGACAUCAAAGUGUGGGUUUGUGUUAACCAGGAGUUUGAUGUCUUCAAAUUGACCAAGACCAUUCUAGAGGCCAUUCCUUUGACAUGUGAUACAAUGGAUCUCAAUCUGCUACAAGUUAAAUUGAAAGAGUUCCUUCACAGAAAGAGAUUUUUAAUUGUUUUAGAUGAUGUUUGGAACGAAAGCUACAUCAUGUGGGAGAUUUUAAGGCGUCCAUUUGAAUUUGGUGCUCAGGGAAGUUGUGUCCUUGUAACAACUCGCAACGAAAAUGUUGCAUCAACUAUGCUCACUAUUCCAAGUUACCAUUUAAAACCACUAGAAGAUUAUGAUUGUUGGUUGCUGUUUUCUGAGCAUGCAUUUGAGGGGGGAAGGUUCAUAAAAAGUGCUGCACUGGAUGAUAUUGGCAGGAAGAUAGUGAAAAAAUGCAAGGGGCUUCCACUGGCAGCAAAAGCUCUUGGGGGUCUCUUGCGGUCCAAAGUAGAUUCAAGAGCAUGGGUGAAGGUUUUGGAAAGUAAAAUAUGGGACUUUCCAAAUGAUAGGAGCAAUAUUCUUCCAGCUCUUAUGUUGAGCUAUUACUAUCUUCCCUCCACUCUCAAGCGUUGUUUUGCUUAUUGUUCAGUAUUUCCCAAAAGUUACCAAUUUCGGAGAAAGGAAUUAGUGCGCCUAUGGAUGGCUGAAGAUCUUCUGCCACAUCCAAAAGGAAAUGGAAAUGUGGAAGAACUUGGUACUGAAUACUUCAAUGAUCUAACAUCUAGAUCAUUCUUUAUCAAAUCAAGUAAGAAACGCUUUGUCAUGCAUGAUCUCAUCACUGAUUUAGCUGAAUUUGUUUCUGGAGCGUUCUCAUUCAGAUUGGAGGGACACAAGGAUAAUUACCUAUCAAAGAGAACCCGUCAUUUGUCAUAUUCAAGGCUUCACCUUGAUGAUUUGGAGAAAAUAAUGGCUACAUGUGAAAAUCUACGGACUUUUCUUCCAUCACAAGUUUUGUCAUGGCCAAAAUGUUUGAACAAUGAGGCUGUAAGCAGCUUAAUUUCAAAACAUAGGAGUUUAAGGGUCCUUUCUCUCUCGCACUGUGGUAAUUUGACAGUAGUACCAGAUUUCUUGGGUGACUUGAUACAUCUUCGAUAUCUAGACCUUAGUGUCACUCCAAUCUCCAAGUUACCAGAGUCCACAUGUUCUCUGCAUAAUUUGCAGACUUUGUUGCUGUUAAACUGUGUUUAUCUUACUGAAUUGCCGCAGCAAAUUGGAAGACUGACCAACUUAAGGUGUUUGGAUAUUAGGGGAACAAAAUUAAGUGAAACUCCACUUCAUAUGGGUAAUUUGACAAAUCUUCAAAACUUAACUGGAUAUGUCCUGGGAAGUGGAGGAGGGUCAGGCAUUGAAGAGCUGAAGAAUUUUUCCUUUCUUAAGGGAAAGAUCUCUAUUUCAAAUCUCCAAAAUAUCAUUGAUCCACAAGAUGCUUUGAAGGAUAAAUUGUUGAGAAAUAUGCAACUUGAUGGAUUAAUGUUGAGUUGGAGCACAAAUGCAGAUGAUUCAAAAAAUGUUAGAAACAUUCUGCAUUGGUUGGAGCCUCCUAAGACCUUGAAGAAGCUUACCAUUAGAAAUUAUGGUAGCACGUCAUUCCCACCCUGGUUAGGAGAUUUUCAGUUCUCAAAAUUAGUAUCUAUAUGCCUUUAUGAUUGUGUUAAUUGUCUAAUUUUGCCAACACUCGGGCAACUUCCUUCCUUGAAAGCUCUCUCAUUGGUGGGGUUUUCGAGUGUAAUUUACGUUGAUGAAAUGUUUUACAAUGACUCUUCUAUGGAAGUGAAGCGAUUUCAGAGACAAGAUAUUACACCCUUUAAGUGCCUUGAGACCUUGCACUUUGAGAACAUGCCUCGGUGGCAAGAAUGGCUUCCUUUUAAGGAGGAAGAGAAGGGAGAUGAAAAAAGAGCAUUUCCUUGUCUUAAACAACUAUAUAUAAAAAAUUGCCCAGAACUGAAAGUCGUGAACUUGAUCCAAAAGCUACCAGCUCUAGAAAAGAUUGUGAUUGCAAAAUGUGAACAACUUGUUGUUGCAGUUCCCCCAACUAUUCGUGAAUUGAGAUUAGAAUGUUGUGAGAAGGUUUCAAUCCAAAGGCCACUGCCUCAAUUAUUAAACCUGACAAUCAGUAGCUAUAAUGCAGUACAGUCACUAUUUGAGGUAAUAGACAACGAAAGUUCUUGUAUUCAAAAGUUGAGCAUCUCAAGUUGUCCACUCUCACAGCAGCUUCCUAGUAAAGGCAUUGCAAACACAUUAAAGUCACUCAAUGUAACAAACUGUGACAACAUUGAGUUUCCAAUGAACCAAUGCUUUGCAUUUCUUGAGAGGUUAUGCAUCUCAUGUAGCUGUAAUUCCCUGAGGUCUUUCAUAAUGGAUAUGUUUCCAAAGAUGGUCCACCUUGAAAUACGAAGAUGUCAGAAUCUAGAAUCUCUUGUAGUUUCUGGGGUGCAAGCACAGAAUCUUCGAUCUCUAAGUUCCUUAAAGAUCUGUGAAUGUCCUAAUUUUGUAUCUUUUCCUGAAGGUGGACUUGCAGCUCCAAAUCUGACAAAUUUACAGUUGGAGAAAUGCAAGAAUUUAAAUUCUCUUCCUUUUCAGAUGAAUAAGCUGCUUCCAUCCCUCGUGAGUUUGAACAUAAAAGAAUGUCCAGAACUCAAGUCAUUUUCAGAGGGAGGUUUGCCAGAUAGUCUGAACUUACUUGAGAUAUUUCAUUGUGCUAAAUUAUUUACCAACAGAAAGAACUGGAAUUUGCAAAAACUCGCCUCUCUUAGAAGCUUUGCCAUAGCAGGUUCAUGCCAAGAUGGGGAAUCAUUUCCAGAAAGAUGGCUGUUACCAUCCACUCUCACAUCCUUUCACAUCCUUGCACUUUGGAAUUUGAAGUAUUUAGAUGAGGACAGCCUUCAGCAGCUGACCUCUCUGGAGACUUUGGGAAUUGCAUGCUGCCCAAAACUUCAGUGUAUGCCAGCAAAGCUUCCUGCUUCGAUUUCCACCCUUCAUAUCAUGACAAGUCCAAGACUUGAAGAAAGAUGUAAAGGAAAAAGAGCUGAAGAUUGGCCCAAAAUCGCUCACAUUCCGAUGAUACGAAUUAACAAGAAAUUGUUACAAUAG